CCGACGUGCGCUCACAUCAAAGCAUCACCAUCGUCAGAGUGACGAGAAGAGCGUUUGAAUCCACUUUUGAAUCUCAGCCUUGGUCGUUAAACGGUUGUUAUAAAUUAUUUUGAAGUCAACUGAUAAAUUAAAUAGGAUUUUAAAAUGGCUUUAAGAGGGCCACUGCGUCGUCUUCUACGGACUCAACUCAACAAUACCUGUCAGAGCAGAGCGCAUUCUGUGGCUGUUUUAGGAGCACCAUUCUCAAAAGGACAGAAAAGAAGAGGGGUGGAACAUGGACCCAAAGUCAUCAGGGAUGCCGGUCUGAUCGAGAGGCUUUCAAAUCUGGAUUACCCAGUGCAUGACUUUGGAGACCUGAGCUUCCAGUAUCUGGAGAAGGACGAGCCCUACAUGCACGUCCCCUUCCCUCGCACUGUGGGCAGAGCUAACAAACUGCUGUCAGGGGCCGUCAGCAACGCGGUGGGAGCCGGACACACUACCAUCAUGCUGGGAGGAGACCACAGCCUGGCCAUUGGUUCAGUGGAAGGCCACGCCCGGCAGUGUCCUGACCUGUGUCUGAUCUGGGUCGACGCCCACGCUGACAUAAACACGCCCCUCACCUCGCCCUCAGGGAACCUCCACGGACAGUCGGUUGCCUUUAUGCUGAAAGAGCUGCAGAACAAGAUGCCAGAGCUGCCAGGGUUCAGCUGGAUGAAGCCCUUCCUGUCGGCUAAGGACCUGGUUUACAUUGGCCUGAGAGACGUCGACCCUGGAGAGUACGACAUCCUGAAGGACUUGGGUGUCCAGUACUUCACAAUGAGAGACAUCGACAGGCUCGGCAUCCAGAGAGUCAUGGAAGUCUCUUUCGACCACCUCUUGUCAAGGAAGCAGCGGCCGAUCCAUCUGAGUUUUGACAUUGAUGCGAUGGACCCUUCUUUGGCCCCGGCCACAGGAACACCAGUAAACGGAGGUCUGACCUACAGAGAAGGAUCAUCUGUUAGGGCUAUAAUGAUCCACAACACAGGGUUGUUGUCGGUGAUGGACCUUGUUGAGGUCAACCCAGCCCUGGGGGCGAGUCGUGAGGCGGUGGCGAGCACAGCUUCCAUGGCGGUGGACGUCAUCGCAUCAUCCCUGGGCCAGACCCGCGAGGGAGGUCCCAUCACCCAGGAUUCGCAAACGCUCAAAGACGACACGGAACAGCUUCGACUCUAGAACCACAUUCUAGAACCACAUUCUAGAACUCAAAAGACUUAACAUAUUGGCAUUCCUGAAUUUAAAAAAAAAUAAAAAAAGACUUUACAUACAGAACAGAUGCACUGAAACUGUAGUUGAAUUGUUUCAAAGCAUGUAGUUGCAUCUUCUGUGUGUGUGUGUGUGUAUGUAUAUAUAUAUAUAGUACUGUAUGGCAACCUGUUCAACAGUCAAACAAUCAUGAUUAAACUUGGAAAGCCUUGUUCAAGGA